CCCGUGAUCUCCUGCCUGCAGCGAAUCUUCAACACUUCACGUGAACCGUCUCAAAGUGCACCUAGGCUGGCACGAUGUCACCGCCGCUUAGUGACGAAUCUCGGCUGCCGUUCGAGUUUCUGGAUUGUGAAUGAGCGUGCCAGUGCGUAGGUGCGAGAAGCCAGCGUGUGGCGGUGUGGGUGCGUGACAACAACAGUGUCAAUACAGACUCGGCUGGAACUAAACCCCGACCGGUCUUUGUGCAAUCAUCAAACCGAGCCGAGACCGCCUCACCCACUGGCAAUAAAGCCACGACCCACAGCUCACGCCGUGAGUCCUCGGAGCCGACCGCGUGCCCUCUCGUCAUCGGCACUCGAUCCUCAUCCGCUCGCCACCGCUCCGCUGCUGCUGCUGUCGAGUGAUGGAGGGAGCGACGCUCCGCGCUUUCGUCUUCUGUUUGUGCGCAUCGGCGGUGGCGGCGGCGCGGCGAGACGGGGAGAGCCGCGGCGCUCCCGUGGAAGUCGCUCUCAGCGUGGACACGAGCGAGGCGUUGCACGCCCUCAGCACCGAGUUCCUCUCGUUCGCCAUCGACACCUCGGUGGUGGAGAACGGAUGGAUCGACUUCCUGAGACACGUUCGCCUCGUCACCCUGGCCAAGGCCCUGACCCCAGCGUUCCUGCGCUUUGGGGGCACGAGGCAGGACUUCCUGAUCUUCCAGCCGGAAUCUGGGAGCCCCUCGUGGGUUUCCGGCUUGACCCCCUCGUGGGAGAACAAUGAGGUGCGGAUGGAGCCCCGAGUCUCGUGUCGCCCCCCGCUCUUCUCGGAGGCGAAGAUCCGGAGGCAGAGGCAGAGGGCAGAGGAACUCCUGCCAGGGAUGCUCCGAGAUGAACGGAGAAAAACCUUGAAGAACAUCACCAUGACAGGCGCCGCGCUGGACGAGCUGCUGGGCUUCUCGGCGUGCUCGGGCCUGCGCCUCGUCUUCGGCCUCAACGCGCUGCUGCGCGGCCCGAGCGGCGCGUGGGACGACGGCAAUGCGCGGCUCAUCCUGCGCCACGUCCACGCGCGCGGCCAGGACCACGUCUCCUGGGAGCUCGGCAACGAACCCAACAGCUACCCUCACGUGGCGGGGAGGCAGGUGAGCGGAGCGCAGCUCGGGGCAGACUUCUUGGCGCUGCGGACGCUGCUCAGGUCGAGCCACCCCGCGUUCCAGGAUGCGAAGCUCUACGGCCCCGACAUCACCCGGCCGCGGCGCAGCGCCCUCACCCUGCUCACGGGGUUUCUGGACUCGGCCAAGGAUGCCAUUGAGGCUGUGACGUGGCACCAGUAUUACAUGAACGGACGCACAGCCACGCUUGACAACUUCAUGGACCCCCAGAUGCUGGACUCUCUGGCAGCAGAGAUCAGCGCCGUGCAGGAGGUGGUUAACAAGGAGGCCCCGGGAAAGGCCAUCUGGCUCGGCGAGACGAGCUCGGCAUGGGGGGGCGGAGCGCCGGGGCUAUCGGACACCUUCGUGGCAGGGUUCAUGUGGCUGGACAAGCUGGGCAUGGCGGCACGCAUGGGAGUGGACGUGGUCGUGCGUCAGGCGUUCUUCGGACACGGAUCCUAUAAUCUCGUGGACGACCACCUCAACCCUCUGCCGGACUACUGGCUCUCCCUCCUGCACAAGCGACUCGUGGGGGGGCGCGUGCUGCGCGUGGAGGCGGAGGGGGGGGGCACGCCCUCGGUGCGAGUUUACGGGCACUGCUCCAGUACGUCCUUCCCCGCGGGCUCCGUGACGCUGUUCGCACUGAACCUGGGGUCGAACCCGGCGUCUCUCUCCCUGCCGGCCCCGCUCAGCGAGGGCCCUGCCCAGGGCUUCCUGCUGCUCCCCGGUGACCCCGACGUGGGCCUGCGCUCCAGGACCGUGAUGCUGAACGGGACCCCCCUGCGGACGCAGGCUCACGGCUCGGUCCCCGAGACCCCGGGGGUCCCCCUCCCGCCGGGGUCCCCCCUGGCGCUGCCCCCCCGAGCUCUGGCGUUCUUCGUGCUGCCGGAGGCGCGGGCCCCAGCAUGCCUCCAGCGCGGGCGGAACGCGUAGGCGCCGUGAUGUGGCGGUCACGCGAGAUCGGUGACAAUCACCGCAAUGAUAAUAAUUGUGAAUUAUAAUUCUAAUAAUAUGAUAAUAAAUUAUCACAAUUAUUCAUGAUAAUUAUUAUUGGUCAAAUAGUGGAACAGAGGUCAUCGUCUCAAGAUCGGCAGGGUCCCGCUACAUUGGGAUGUUUUGACCAAUUCCAAUAAUGAGCAUGUGGGAGGUAACUGAAGUGCCUGGAGAAAAACCAACCGUGCACAUACAAGGGGCAGCUUUUUUUUAAAGCACCGCACAGAUAGAUUCAGUAAUCCCUGACUUUAUUGCCAUAUCCUGAUCCCCUCGUAGCCCAAGCCUAUGACACAUUGUAUUUCUAGGCAGUCUCCCAUCCAGGUACUAUCUAGGCUCAAACCUGCUUAGCUUCCGAGAUCCAACGAAAUCGGGAGAACGCAGAGCCAUUUGGCCACUGGAAUGUGCAUUUCGCGUUACGGUACCGCGAUUGCUGUCGUGACGGCACGGACGCCCGCGGUAAUGGGAAGGGGUUGUGCUGAAGCAAAGCACGCUUACUUGAGCCACAUUUUCGUUUUAAGGUCUAUCAUGUUUCUUAGCGAUGAAUUUAUUCAAUUUCUUUUUUGAUUCCUUAAAUAAAAAAAACUCGUGUAAAUGUAAACAUUUUUGGGGAAUCUGGAUCAAGCAAAUUACGUGGAUUUCCAGGGAAAUCUGGAAGAAAUUCCGUGGGAAGCCUUGAGAAAUUUGGAGGAAAGUCUGAGAAAUUUGGAGAAACCCCAAAUUUCACCAGUCAGCUUCCCCGUGCCUUCCGCACAUCUUCCAGCAGGAGACUCCAGAGGAGAGGAGAGCGAUGUGAACCGUGAGGUUCGAGAGGCAAGACUUGGAGAUCGUUGAGGUGGAGAUUAAAGCCGUAGGACAUCGAUGACGACGAUGAUGGCCCAAGUGCCCUGCCCGACAAAGGGAACCUUCUAAGGACACAAUGCCACUUUGUCAAAGUCACCCACUGCCCACUGUGGGUGACAUAAUUUCCCGUCGCCGAAUAUUUACCUUUCUUUUGAGGUCUCAAGUCUUACAAAUCUGUUGCCAGAAACAUCGUGUUAUUGACACAGAAUGUGUCUAGAUUGUUUUGUUUGUUAAUUGUGCUUGUGCACCACUGCCAACGCAGCAGCAGCGGCAUCGGCAGUAUCGCUAAAUAAUGCGUUAUUCUGAACGUGAUCCACGAGUUGGCGGAUAACCCGCUUGUCCGACGGCUGAGCGAUCCCUGUCAGAGUUUCAUCCGGCCAGACGAGCACCAACCUUCCGCUAACACGUGCGUCGCACAACUCUUUCUGGUUAUCCACCACUGGGGCAGUAUGUAUAUAUGUUGAACUUCUUUCGAACCGUACAUAAACAACCAUGCUAAUCGAAGGCGCGGAGGAAGGACAACCAACUAAAAACAAAAAGCAGUUCUUAAUAAAUGAGUUUUCAAUCUAGAUGAUUUGACGAAAGGAAGGGCGUUCCAGACGGCCGCAGAAGCGCAUUUGAGAGCGCGGUGACCCCUCUGUUCAACGGUUAGCCAUAAGUCACUGCAAGGAUGACCGGAGCUCACUCGAUGGUUUAUGCUCCUUGACGAGAUGUGUGGCAAGCACUUUGUGUAAUGAGUGCCCCUUUACGUUUUACUAUAAACAUUAAACACAGACAGAUUAAACGACAUUGUGCCGUCAUGCUGUGUAGUUUACGUGCAACAUACAGUACUGAGCCACAUUCAUUUGCUUGACGUGCUUUCUCACGCUGUUCCACUGCUCGGAGCGGGCAGCAGUCACGGAAUGGAACUCAACCAAGAGGCAGUCUGCCGUGGAGAUGGAGUGAUGCAAAUUUGCUCGUGUGUAUGUGCCAGGUGAUUACGUGGCAAUAUCGAUGAGCACGGUGUGGUACGUACGAUGCGAAAGAAGUUCAACAUACAUCCGUGAGAGAUGGCGGUGGCUUGGGGAGGCCUUCAUCCAGCAGUGGAUUUGACAUGGCCGAUGGUGAUGAUUGCACAGUAUCAUUUAUCGUCAUCAUGCCCCUUGCAAGGGAGAGCUGGAAAAGAUAUAUGGUGGAUGUGAAUUUGGAUGGUGCUUUAUGUACAGGAUAUAACAGUGCACACAGUAGAGUCAAUCAAGCUGCCCCUACUUAAAGAGAUAUGAAGCGGCACUGAAUAUUUGUCGAUGGCCCAGAGCCAAUGGCAUAAAUUCCACAUUUCUAUGGCAGGGUCAGUUUUUGCAUAGGACAACUACUGUUGGCUUCCCUUAAGAUGAUGGUCAUACAGUCAGUGCAUCAACACAGUGGGGGCGAUGACGAAUCACACAGAUGGACGCUGAUUCACAGAUGGGUUGGUGACGAGUCACAUGCUGAUGAUGGCGAUGAUCGUCGAUUGGUUCAACUCGCGGUUUGCCAAUCGUGAGCCGAGGGCGCUGACCGCAGCGCGCAG